AGCUGGGUUGUGCUGGUGCAGGACUCUGUGAAUGCAGGGCUGGGCUGGUGCCGGGAGCAGGAGCGGACUCAUUGUUGCUUCGUGUGAACUUUUCUUUAAUGAUAAUUUGAGGAGUGGAUUUCUCUCUGGUUUGGUUUGUCUGGUCUGAGAUUAAAAAACUGAAGGAGGCGGAUUGAGAGACUUUAAGUGGCGGCAGCUGUCAGUUACUCAGUGUCAGUGAGUGUGGCUGGAGCAGAGACGGAGAGGAGAUGGGCUGUUCGGAGUGUUGUGUGAGAUGCCUCAGGGGAGUUCCCUAUGCCUCUCUCAUUGCGACCAUCCUGUGUUUUGUGGGAGUGGCCCUUUUCUGUGGCUGUGGCCAUGAGGCUCUGACCGGGACUGAGAGACUCAUUGAGCUUUACUUCUCCAAUGACUUUAUGGACUAUGCUGUCCUGGCAAAUGUAAUCCAGGUGUUCCAGUACAUUAUCUAUGGGACUGCAUCGUUCUUCUUCCUAUAUGGGGUGCUGCUCCUGGCUGAGGGCUUCUACACCACCAGUGCCGUCAGAUCUCUCUUCGGCGAAUUCAGGACCACCAUGUGUGGCAGAUGUGUCAGCGCAACUUUCAUCUUCCUGACCUAUGUCCUGGGUGUGACCUGGAUGGGAGUUUUUGCCUUCUCUGCGUUGCCAGUCUAUAUUUACUACACCAUGUGGUCCACAUGCCAAACGGUCAAAUAUGUGACAGAUAAUAAUACAGGCUUCGAUGAUGUCUGUGUGGAUGCCCGGCAGUAUGGGAUCCUGCCAUGGAAUGCCAAUCCGGGGAAGGUCUGUGGCCUCAAUUUAACAGCUGUUUGUAAUGCCUCUGAGUUUGAACUGACCUACCAUUUGUUCAUUGCAACAUUUGCGGGAGCUGCAGCCACAGUCAUUGCCUUGCUUACUUACAUGAUGUCCUCCACCUAUAACUAUGCUGUCCUGAAGUUUAUGAGCCGGGAUGAUUGCUGCACAAAAUUCUAACUUGAAGCACAGACUGCGUCCCCCUUUCCCCCUCUGUGUUUCUCCUCUGCCUCUAUUGCACAACUUUGCUCCAGGAAACUUCACGGAUUGUGCUGUGGUUUCUCACACCCUCCAAGCUCCCAAUAACAGCUGCUCCUUGUCGCACAUGGACCCUGAUUUCAUCACGUAACCUCCAAAUAAACUGAAAUAAACUGUAACGUUGAGUAAGAGUCCAGGUAUAAUGCAAGGGAAGCCUUUACCUGCUGGUUUUGUUAUUAAAUAAGCUUAUGUAUUUUAACCCAUUUCUGAUGCGGAGAUAGAUUCUGUAGAAUCUCGGAGCUUGAAAUUUUGUUUUUAAAAAUAACCUUUUGAAAGUAGUCUGUUUUUGGCUUGCACCUGCUUCAUGUUCAACAGUUGUGAAAAUAAAGAUGUUGGAGUCUA